AUGAAGGAUAUGCUCAAACAACUCCUACAAGGGCAAGCCAAAGGUUCACUGGAAAUGAACCACAAGUUGGUAGAAAUAAACUCCAAACUUGAGUCAUUGACUUCAAGAGUGCAAAUCAUUGAGUCUUCUAGUGCAUCAUCCUCUUCACCACAUGAGUAUGCUCAAGCAGUUACACUGAGAAGUGGGCGGCAAUUUCCAAGCAGGAGUAGCCCACCCCAAAUCGCUGUGGACAUCGAUGACGAGGAAGGGGAGGAUUUGGUCGAGUAUGCUGAUAUUCCGGCACCGAACUCGAUCGAGCUGGAACAAAACCCUGAACCAGAGCUCGAUCGAGCUGAAGAAACCGAGACUCAGAAAGACAAACCAGAGCUCGAUCGAGCCGAGAAGAGAACAGACAAAGCAAGCUCCAGCCAACCAACUAAACCUGUUGCAAGGAAGAAAGACACUCCAUCAGGACCACCACCAUACAAACCCCUCUACCCUUUCCAGGAAGAAAUUCCUGAAGGAUGCUGUUCAGCAAAGAACCAGGGAAGCACAAGGGAUGGUAGUGUUGACUCCCUCUGCGAUCUAGGAUCAUCUGUCAGCCUCAUGCCUUUGUCUGUAGCAAAGAGACUGGGAUAUCACAAGUAUCAAGCCUGCGGAAUCUCACUAGUCUUGGCAGAUAGAUCGAUAAGGUUACCAACUGGAAUGCUUGAAGACCUGCCUUUGAGAAUAGGGAAUGUAGAAAUCCCCACCGACUUCAUUGUGCUGGAGAUGGAUGAGGAACCAACAGAUCCAUUGAUACUAGGAAGGCCAUUCCUAGCUACAGCAAGAGCAAUGAUAGAUGUCUGUGAAGGCACAAUUGAGCUAAACUUGGGAAAGGACCUAAGAUGA